CUCUUUCACACGAAGCCACUAUGGCAGCGCCACCAUGGUCGCGCCACCAGAAAAGCAUCGCCACAGUUCAUGCUUCCAGAAGCGCCUCUGUGAUUUUAAUUUUCGAUAGAAUUUAGAAUAGAAUAUAAUUUUAAUUUAGUUCCAAAAUGGAAGUGGAAGAGGUUGCAUGUGUAGCAUAUCUGUACGCUCGUGUUGUACGUAAACGAAAAAAAAAUAGAAAAUAUUGGGUACACCCACUACUGUCUGAUCGUUCUACGAAAGGUCUAUUCAAUUUAUUUUAUAAUGAUUUAAGAAAAUAUGAAGACAAAUUUUUUAACUAUUUAAGAAUGUCUGUUAGUUCAUUUGAUGAAUUAAUGGAACAACUUCAAGACGAUUUAACGGGUCAACAAACAAAUAUGAGAGAAUGUAUUUCACCUCUUGAAAAAUUAGUCGUAACUUUAAGAUACCUUGCCAGUGGAUGUUCUUUUACGGAAUUACACCAUGAAUAUCGUCUAGGAAUUUCUACUAUUUCUGGAUUUGUUACUCAAGUUUGUGAGGCUAUAUGGAAUAGAUUGAAAGAUGAAUGUAUGCCUCAACCAUCAACACAAAUGUGGCUCGAAAUUGCAAAUAAAUUUGAAACAUUUGCAAAUUUUCCUAAUUGUAUAGGCGCCGUCGACGGUAAGCAUAUCAGAGUAAUUAAGCCCACCGACACUGGUUCAUUGUAUUACAAUUACAAACAUUAUUUUUCGAUUGUAUUGAUUGGUAUUUGUGAUGCCAACUAUUCAUUUGUAUCCAUAGAUGUAGGUGCUUAUGGAAAGAGUAGUGAUUCUUCAAUUUUUAAAGAAUCUAUGUUCUAUAAAAAAAUGAUGAAUAAUUCUCUGAAUAUUCCUAAUCCAAAACCGAUUUCAACGUUGAACUCAGAACCAAUGCCAUAUGUAAUAGUAGGUGACGAAGCGUUUGGAUUAUCGGAAAAUAUAAUGUGACCAUAUGGUGGAAAAAAUUUAACCAUGACAAAAAAAAUAUUCAACUAUCGGCUGUCGAGAGCUCGUAGAUACAUAGAAUGUACAUUUGGAAUCCUUUCCAAUAAAUGGAGGAUUUUUCAUCGACCAUUAAACGUGAAACUUGAUUUGGCUCAAAAUAUAAUCAAAGCUUGUUGUAUCUUACACAACUUUGUACGGGCAAGAGAUGGAUAUCGGUAUGAUGAUACUUUAACAGUUCAAGGAUUGGAAAAUAUAGAAAACACAAAUGUAACAAGAGGAUCACAAAAUGCUCAAACUGUGAGAGAUAAGUACGCAAAUUAUUUUGUAACCGAUGGUCAAGUUGAAUGGCAGUAUAGUAAAAUUUAAGUUUUUAUAUCUAAAUAAAAUUUAAAUAUUAUAUAAAUAAUUCUUAACGUAAAUAAAAUAUUUGAAUAUAUAAAUAAAGUUAAAUUUAUGUAGUUUGUACAAUGUAGUAAUAAUAAUAGAAAAUAAUUUACGAAAAAGUAGGUAAUAUACAUUUUGGAUAUUUUAAUAUUUUUUUUGUUUAUUAUUUGAAUCGCGGACGAAAAGUCCGAGCACAUUUUUACUGUCAGAAAAAAACUCCGAAAAUACAAAAUAUUCUAUUAAUUUUCAUUUAUAAUUAUAUUAUAUAUAUUAUUACUGUAGUGAUCGGUUUCUAUUUUUUUAAAUUUUGAUAUUUUGUCCUCGGAGUUUUUGACCGGA